CCGUCAGGACCCGGACCAGACACCAAUCAAGGGCGUCUCGGCUCAUCACAGGCGCUGCGGCAACCAGGGCACGCGGCACGGAGGUCGAUUGGCCGAAGGUUGGGGGACCGGCGGUCGACACCCCAGCCGUGGAUCGAGUGCGGAGGGGGAGAAGCGUCUAUCCCAUGUCCCGCGACGGCGGGGAAUAGGGCGACAGCUGCGGCGGGGAUCGGCUGCGGCGGCUCGACGAGGCGGCGGCGGCGGCGCGGGUGGGCGGCGGCACCAUGUCUGCGGUAGUCUGUGGCAAGAGGUCCUCCUCCAUCUUCGCCGACGAGCUCCUCCCGCCAUCCCCUACCUCCCCUCACUCCUCCCACCAGCCGGCGCCCAAGAGGUCCCGCCGGUCCCCCUCGCACCGCGGCAGCUCCGACGGACACCGACGGGAGGCGCUCGUCCACCAUCUGCUUUUACUCUUCCCCGACAUGGAUCCACAGUUGCUUGAAAAAGCUCUGGAAGCAUCUGGAGAUGACUUGGAUUCUGCAAUAAAGAGUUUGAAUUUGCUACGCUUAGAGUCAGCAGAGGCUAUCUUGUCAUCUACUGGUUUCAAUGAAAAUGGUCAGCAUACUGCAAUUCAGCCUCCUGUUGAAGGAAUUCCUAAUGGUGGUGUGGAUACGACUACAGAACAUCAUCCUACUGUAGAUAAUUACCAGACAAGUAAAAAUGGCUCUGAAUGGGUUGAGCUAUUUGUCAGGGAGAUGACAAAUGCUUCUGACAUAGAUGAUGCACGGGCUCGUGCGUCCAGAGCUUUGGAGGCUUUGGAGAAAUCAAUUGUAGAGCGUGCAGGAGCUGAAGCUACACAGAACCUUCAUAAGGAAAACAUGAUGCUCAAAGAGCAACUGACUGUUGUUCUGCGAGAGAAUGCUGUGCUGAAGCGGGCGGUUGCCAUUCAACAUGAGCGCCAAAAGGAGUUUGACGAGAGGUCUCACGAGGUCCAGAGCUUGAAGCAACUUGUUUUGCAGUACCAGGAGCAAGUUAGGACACUAGAGAUAAACAACUAUGCCCUCACAAUGCACCUCAAGCAGGCUCAGCAGAGCAGCUCCAUUCCUGGGCGUUUCAACCCUGAUGUUUUCUGAGCAGAGACUAAUAACCUACGAAGAUACCUUGUUUUACAACUGCCCCUGAAAUGGGGAUACCUGAUGGGUGGAUUCACCGCCCAUGGGUCCAAAAUUUUCAAGUUACGGUUUGAUUUAAACGCGUUGCUUUCACCCAAUUGGAUAUCGAUAUAUUAUGUGUUCCCUUUUUCGGGAUAUGGUUUACUUCAUCCAUGGCUAUCAUAUUCGUCAACGUAAUAUAGAAAUACUACUGUAUCAUAUUGCAGUUCAGUUUUACUUCAGAAAAGAGU